AAUUAAUAAUCACAGAUAUUAUCAUAUACAUAUAGAGUGAGAAAAUUACAUAGAGAAAGAAAGAUCAUCAUCACCGAAUUAUACUCUGAAAACUCUCUGACUUCUCUGAAGCAUCGAUCAAUCCAUUUCUUCAAUUCCCAAAUUUUAAUUUUUCGACAACAGUAAUUAUUCUGGAGAAUUGAAGCUUCGCAGCUAUGGCGGACGACGAACAAUUUCCGCUGGGAACCGGAAACUGGUGGGAUCAUUCAUCAAGGAACAGGUUCGAAAACAAUCCGGGAACGUCGGCGCCGCCGCCGACCUCGAUUUCCACGACGCUUAAUGCCAUCGCCAGCUUCGGAUGGCCGCCGGAGAUGGUCGAUAUGAAAUCCGCCGGCGGUGGAGUUUUGGCCGAUCCGAUGAUGAAAUUAGGGCUUUCUUCUCAAACCAUUGAUUGGAACCAAACGUUUAUGAGAGGUGAAAAAGGCGAUCAUGGAAGUUUCCGGUGUUUACUUCAGGAGGACAUGAGUUCCGCGAGCAGCAAUUUUCCGGCGGCGGCGGCGGAUUCCGGCGCCGCUGCGUACGGUUUAUUAUUGCCGGAGCAGCAGGCUCCGAGCUACCAGAACCGGCCGCCAAUGGCGGCGUACGCGGCGGCGGAGCUGCCGCCGUGGAGCAAUAAAUACCCGCCGUCGUCGUUUCUGAGAACAUCUCCGCCGAAACAGACGCCGCCGGCGGGAGGCGGCGGAAGCCAUUUGCAUUUCACGAACAAUACUCCAUUUUGGAACGCGUCCGCCAUGGCCGACGGUCGAUCGAGCUUUUUCCCACCUUUACAAAAUCAGAUUCCCUCAGCUAAUUCGACAUUCGACGAUAAGCUAAAGAACACAUCUGAAAUGAGGGAAUCAAGUUCUUCGACGAGCAAGAAAAACAGCGGCGAAACAUCGAGCAAAAGGCCGCGGAACGAGAGUCCAUCGCCAUUGCCAGCAUUCAAGGUGAGAAAAGAGAAGAUGGGAGACAGAAUAACAGCACUCCAACAAUUGGUUUCACCUUUUGGAAAGACUGAUACAGCUUCUGUUCUGUCUGAAGCCAUUGAGUACAUCAAAUUUCUUCAUGAUCAAAUCAGUGUUUUGAGCACACCUUACAUGAAAAAUGGAUGUCCUCCACAGCAUCAGAAUUCAAAUAAGUGCAACGAUCCCGAAGAAAUGCAAUUGGAUCUCAAAAGCCGGGGUCUAUGUUUGGUUCCGGUCUCGAGCACCUUUCCCAUGACACACGAAACAACAGUUGAUUUUUGGACACCUACGUUCGGAGGAACUUUCAGAUAACUACAUUAACUCGUACAAGCCCAAAGAUUGAAUGGAAUAUAUAUAUUCAUUACCGAUGAAUUUCAUCUUCUAACAAGUGUCUAAAUGCAAGCAUACUUACAUACAUACAUAGGUACAUCAAUCAAUCUUGUAAUAAUUCAGUUUAGAAUUAUGAAACAAAGCUUGUGUAGAGAUCAAUAUAAGACUAGAUAUGUAAUUUGUAGCUGAAGCUAGCUAAAGAGAAUUAGAUGCACAAGAAUUUAUAAAUUUAGUCUUGUACUUACGGUCAAUUAUUAUUUUUAUACCCUAUGUUUUAUAG